CAAGAUGGUGCUGCUGUCGCGCGCGUACGGCGCGCUCUUCCGCCGCACCUCCACCUUCGCGCUCACCAUCGUGCUGGGCGCCGUCGUCUUCGAGCGCGUCUUCGACCAGGGCGCCGACGCGCUCUUCGAGCGGCUCAACCAGGGGAAACUGUGGAAACACAUCAAGCACAAGUAUGAGACGAGUGAAGACUGAAACACUCAGCAGCAGGAUGUGUCCUGGGGUGGUCAGAGAUGCUGCAGAGAAGGAUUGGACCUCCUGAGCCCAGUUAGACAAACUGGAAAGGUGUCCCGACCUGAACAGCUCCAAGCCAGGGUAUAUUGGCCACCUACUGCUAUGGGAACUAGAUGGACUCAAGGACUUCUGCUGCU